CUACUGUUCCCAAGAUUCUGUGCUUUUAUGGUGAUAAAAGGAUCUUCAAUUUAACUGCUUGAUGCUACAAUAUAGAAAAAUGGAAAAAAAAAUCGAACGAGUGCAGAUGAAAUUAGCUACUGUGACGCAUUAACACGUUUAUAGCUUCCAACGGCAAGUUGGAGUUCCGUUUCUUGGCGAGCGGAUUGAACUCGAUGACGGGCUCGUUUGGAGGCGGCGGGAGGGGCCGCGGCACGUGCGGAUGGAGCGUGUUCGACGGCGUGCGAGCCUUCCCUCCCACCCCGGAAGCCCUCAUGGCCGAGAUCGACGCCGCGAUCGCUGCCUCCGAGUACGUCCACGCCACUGCCCUCCUCUCCUCCUCCUCGGAGGAGGAGCCGGAGAAGGAGAAGGGGCUGGACACCGCCGCCCCCGUCCAUGACGCGCGUCUGGCCGACGAGGCUUACAAGGCGGCGUGCGCCGCCCUGGCCGCCGGGAGGCCGGACGCCGCCAUCCAGUCGCUCCGGCUAGCCCUAGCCAGAUGCCCGCCGGACAAGUCCUCCGCCCUCGACAAACUCCGGUCUCUCCUCUCUAUCGCCUCCUCUCAGCUCCAGAAGCAGCAGCAGCAUCUCCAGAGCUCAUUUUGAAGAGGUGCAGGGAGGCUUCACUGGGUCCAGUGGAUGAGUAUAUAUAUGGAAAUUUGUGGUGUUAGUGUAGGAAUUGUUGCCUGUGCCUUUUACACUCCCUGGCUGGUGAGGCCAACAAUACACUUUCAUGCCAUCAUUCCUUUUCUUCUGCUGUCAGUCAACGUAUCCCUAUUUCCUUCUUAGUAUUAGAAUUGUCUUAAUAUUUUUUACUUGUAUGAUUCUUUCAUUUGCCUAGUGAUUCUAUAAAUAAUUUUUUUUAAACUCAGUGAUGGGUACCUGUAUGAAGAAAUUUGUGGUUUGGGUGCUGAGGAGUGUUUCCUGCUCCUUUCUACCCUCCCAAUUUGGUGA